GGCCCCGGAGGCGCGAGAGGCGCCGGGGUCGCGGCGGCGAUUGGCCGGCCGCGGCGCCUGCUCCCAUAAUGCAGCGCAUGGCGCGUCAUUGAAGAGAGACCAUGAUGGCGGCGGCGCUGGGGCCCCCAGAAGUGAUCGCUCAGCUGGAGAACGCGGCCAAAGUUCUGAUGGCACCACCUUCCAUGGUCAGUAAUGAACAACGCCAGCAUGCAGAGCACAUAUUCCUAUCAUUUAGGAAGUCCAAAUCACCAUUCGCAGUUUGCAGGCAUAUUUUGGAAACCAGUAAAGUGGACUAUGUCCUUUUUCAAGCUGCCACAGCCAUAAUGGAAGCAGUUGUCCGAGAGUGGGUUCUCUUGGAAAAAGGUAGCAUCGAGUCACUGAGAACAUUCCUCCUAACCUAUGUCUUGCAAAGACCUAACCUCCAAAAGUAUGUUCGGGAACAGAUUCUAUUAGCAGUAGCAGUAAUUGUGAAAAGAGGAUCACUAGAUAAGUCAAUUGACUGCAAAAGCAUUUUUCAUGAAGUCGGCCAAUUGAUAAGUAGUGGCAAUCCCACUGUGCAAACUCUGGCCUGUUCUAUUCUAACUGCACUAUUGAGUGAGUUCUCAAGUUCAAGUAAAACUAGCAACAUUGGACUGAGUAUGGAAUUCCACGGUAACUGCAAACGAGUUUUUCAGGAAGAAGACCUUCGCCAGAUCUUCAUGUUAACGGUUGGAGUUCUGCAGGAGUUCAGCAGGCGGGAGAGCCUCAAUGCUCAGAUGUCUUCAGUGUUUCAGCGGUACCUUGCACUAGCCAACCAAGUUCUGAGCUGGAAUUUUCUCCCUCCAAAUUUGGGCAGACAUUAUAUAGCUAUGUUUGAAUCCUCACAAAAUGUGCUGUUGAAGCCAACAGAGUCCUGGCGGGAGACCCUUCUUGACAGCAGAGUCAUGGACCUUUUCUUCACAGUACAUCGAAAAAUCAGAGAAGAUUCAGAUAUGGCACAGGAUUCUCUGCAGUGCCUUGCCCAGUUAGCUUCUCUGCAUGGACCGAUCUUCCCCGAUGAAGGAUCCCAGGUUGAUUAUCUAGCACACUUCAUUGAGGGCUUGCUGAACACUAUCAAUGGAAUUGAAAUAGAAGAUUCUGAAGCUGUGGGGAUCUCCAGCAUUAUCAGCAAUCUGAUAACUGUGUUCCCUCGGAAUGUUUUAACUGCCAUCCCCAGUGAACUUUUCUCCUCCUUUGUUAACUGCCUCACACAUCUCACUUGUUCUUUUGGGCGAAGUGCUGCGUUGGAAGAAGUGCUUGAUAAGGAUGACAUGGUGUACAUGGAAGCAUAUGAUAAAUUGCUGGAGUCCUGGCUAACUUUGGUCCAAGAUGACAAGCAUUUCCAUAAAGGCUUUUUUACUCAGCAUGCUGUUCAAGUUUUCAAUUCCUAUAUUCAGUGCCACCUUGCUGCUCCGGAUGGCACAAGAAAUUUGACUGCCAAUGGUGUGGCCUCUCGUGAGGAAGAAGAAAUAAAUGAACUUCAAGAAGAUGAUCGAGAUCAGUUUUCUGAUCAACUAGCCAGUGUAGGAAUGUUAGGAAGAAUUGCUGCUGAACACUGUAUGCCUCUUCUGACAAGUUUAUUAGAAGAAAGGGUGACAAGACUCCAUGGUCAGUUACAACGACAUCAGCAACAACUACUUGCUUCACCUGGAUCAAGCACCAUUGACAACAAAAUGCUUGAUGAUCUCUACGAAGAUAUUCACUGGCUUAUUUUAGUUACAGGCUACCUCUUAGCUGAUGAUACUCAGGGAGAGACUCCGCUAAUACCUCCAGAAAUAAUGGAAUAUUCCAUUAAGCAUUCAUCUGAAGUUGACAUUAAUACAACACUUCAAAUUUUGGGAUCUCCAGGAGAAAAGGCUUCUUCCAUCCCAGGGUACAGCAGAACAGAUUCUGUGAUUAGGCUGUUGUCUGCUGUGCUAAGAGUCUCAGAAGUUGAAUCUCGAGCAAUAAGAGCAGAUCUCACUCAUCUACUAAGCCCUCAAAUGGGCAAAGAUAUUGUUUGGUUUCUAAAACGCUGGGCCAAGACGUAUCUCCUGGUAGAUGAAAAACUGUAUGAUCAGAUAAGUUUGCCAUUGAGCACAGCCUUUGGAGCAGAUACAGAGGGCUCCCAGUGGAUUGUCGGCUACCUCUUACAGAAAGUCAUCAGCAAUCUGUCAGUCUGGAGUAGUGAGCAAGACCUUGCAAAUGACACUGUACAACUUCUUGUCACGUUGGUUGAAAGAAGAGAAAGGGCAAACUUAGUAAUUCAGUGUGAAAACUGGUGGAACCUAGCCAAGCAGUUUGCAAGCCGAAGCCCACCUCUUAAUUUCUUGUCGAGCCCAGUGCAGAGGACACUGAUGAAGGCUCUGGUCUUAGGAGGUUUUGCACAUAUGGACACAGAAACCAAGCAGCAGUAUUGGACGGAGGUUCUUCAGCCUCUUCAGCAGCGCUUCCUGAGGGUGAUAAACCAAGAGAACUUCCAGCAGAUGUGUCAGCAGGAGGAUGUCAAGCAGGAGAUCACUGCCACACUGGAGGCCUUGUGUGGCAUUGCUGAGGCCACCCAGAUAGACAAUGUAGCCAUUCUUUUUAAUUUUUUAAUGGACUUCCUUAACAAUUGCAUUGGGUUAAUGGAAGUAUAUAAAAAUACUCCAGAAACUGUCAAUCUCAUCAUAGAAGUUUUUGUUGAAGUUGCACAUAAACAGAUAUGCUAUCUUGGAGAGUCCAAAGCUAUGCAUUUAUAUGAAGCCUGCCUUACUCUGUUGCAAGUAUACUCUAAGAAUAAUCUAGGGCGGCAGAGGAUAGAUGUUACAGCGGAAGAAGAGCAGUACCAAGACCUGCUUCUCAUUAUGGAGCUUCUCACUAACCUUCUCUCCAAGGAGUUCAUAGACUUCAGCGACACAGAUGAAGUGUUUAGAGGACAUGAGCCAGGACAAGCAGCAGGCAGAUCUGUGUCAGCAGCUGAUGUCGUUUUAUAUGGAGUAAACCUAAUUCUGCCCUUAAUGUCACAAGAUCUUUUGAAGUUUCCAACCCUUUGUAAUCAAUACUACAAAUUGAUCACAUUUAUUUGUGAGAUUUUUCCUGAAAAAAUACCCCAGCUUCCUGAGGAUCUGUUUAAGAGUCUGAUGUAUUCCCUAGAACUAGGAAUGACAUCAAUGAGUUCAGAAGUAUGCCAGCUCUGCCUCGAGGCCUUGACGCCAUUAGCCGAACAAUGUGCUAAAGCGCAAGAAACGGAUUCACCACUUUUUCUAGCAACUCGGCACUUCCUUAAGCUGGUUUUUGAUAUGCUCGUCUUGCAAAAGCACAACACGGAGAUGACUACUGCAGCGGGAGAAGCGUUCUACACAUUGGUGUGUUUGCACCAGGCUGAGUAUUCUGAACUGGUUGAGACAUUACUGUCAAGUCAGCAAGACCCAAUUAUUUAUCAGAGAUUAGCAGAUGCCUUCAACAAGCUCACUGCAAGUAGCACUCCUCCUACCCUGGACCGGAAACAGAAGAUGGCCUUCCUAAAGAGUUUAGAAGAAUUUAUGGCAAAUGUUGGUGGUCUCCUUUGUGUAAAAUAAACAACAGAGCUAUAUUCUUAACUUAGAUCCUUUCUGCAAAGUGCACUGAAUUGCUGAAAGUUGACUUGAGUCUUGGCCUAUUCCUCAGUUCAAUUGACCAUUUGGAUAUUGAAGAGCCUGAGACUUUGAUGUGGAAUUUGGUGAAACAGAAGAGGUCAACUUAAAAUCAGCUUCUGUUAUUAGGUGUUAGCCAUGAUCUGUCAUAUCUGUCUUCUAGAUUCUGAAUGGUGAUUUAAAAUUUCAAAAUGCAAUUCCAUAUAUGUGCAAACAGAUAUGGGCACCAUGAAAUUCAUAUUCAGUGCCUUUUGCCCUUUUAUCAAAGCAUAGGUGACUAGCCAAAGGUGGUAUGUUCUUGGCAUUAUUUUUCAAAAUAUCCAUAGAUUCCCUUCAUCACUUGGGGAGCUGGUUGUAAGAGUGGAUUCUUGAUCCCUACGGUAUAUCACCGAAUACCUGGUUGUUGAGCUCUGGAGUCUCCAUUUUAAGAAGUGUCACCCCCCUCCCCCUUUCUUAUCCUAAAUGUUUUUGAAUCAGUGCAAGAGAUGGUGAAAACUCUAAGAGAUUUUGUGCUUUCCAACCCUUCCUCCUCCCUUCAGUGAUUAUAAUUAUGAAGGAAGAAAAAUCAUCACCAAGUGUCUGUUAGUUUCCUAGUCGUCUUCCCCCCCCCUUCAUCCUCAGCAUUGCAGGUUCUGUGUAAGUAUGGCAGGUUUCUAAUCAGACUGUGAUGCCUGAACUUGAAGAAAAUACGUGUAUAUUUUUGUUCCGUAAAGUUAACUUUAGGAACUGUAGCCAUUUCAUUGCCUUAAUUUUAAGAGGAAAAGAUAAACCAGAUUUGUUUAGAGAGACAUUGGUCUUGACACAUAAGAGUUGGCUUAGGGUAUUAGCUGCUAUGACCCUCCUGCCCCUUUGAUUAUGUAUUUAUGUGAGUUUCCCAGUGAAACGAGAGGAGCGUCCCAGUGUGGUUACCUCUCAGUGUAUUUCUGUUCAGCCACACAGCCCGUAUCUACUCUGAAUGGCUUGCUUAAGCAAUAACUUUUUAAUGGAUGUGAAUUACCAGUUCACACAGACUAUUGCACAUUGGGGCAUUAGGGGCAAUAAUUAUGCUAAAGUGGGUGUUACCCUCAUGUCACAGGGGCCACACUAAUUCAGUUUCAGAGACUAAAAAUUUAACUUUAGCCAGGCAUGGUGGUGAAUGCCAGGCUAGUCUGGGUUACAACGUAUGGUCUGUCCUUUAAAAAAGGAAAGCGAGGUAGGAAAGAAAAAUUCACUUUAGAUCCUCUGGUUUUUCUAAUCAGGAUUUUUAUAUUGCUACUGUGCUCCACUUAAUUUUGUGUGCCAGUUUUAAUUAUGAAAAUGAAAGCUCAUUUAUAAACAGCAGUCCUCUGAAACAUCUACUGCAGGACCAGUCACACACUGCAGUGGAAACAAGAGGCCUCUGACCCAGGUGCAUGUGAGGCUGUCGUGGAGGGGCGGGCUCCUCUGCUGCUCUUGACACCUCUGCUAACCACACAGCAGGUACUGCCCUACCUGACCUGCACAGUGUGCAUCUUAACAUGUGAUGCUCUCAAGACUGUACAGCUACAACAGAGCAUGCGUCCGUACCUGUGAUGGGGUGUGAGUGGAUGCAAAGCUGAGGGCCAUAACUUUUUGAGAACCCUUCUAAAUUGAUCACCAUUCAGUAACGGUAAGAAUGGAGAAAAAAGAAAUCUCUAAAUACUACAAAGAAGAAAAACAAUAUUAUUCUCUAACUACAUGUUUUGUAUUUUAAAUGCUUGGAGUGUUUUUAGAUUUUUUUUUCUCCUGAAGUGAUCUGCAGCAGUAAUCACUCUGUUUUGUCUUGUUCCUGACGUCUGUGUUUCCUCAGUGGGUGUGAUUUGUGUGUGCUGUGUGUGUGUGAUAGGUAUGGGCCUUUUGACAAAAGUCCCUAAGAUACAACUGAAUAGAGAGUCAAGUAGAGAUGGUAGGAAAGGUUGGUUUGGUAAGUAAAAAGUCAUCUGUGUGUAACUCCUGUAUGGACAGAACUAUAUUAAAUUGCUCAGAUCCUACUAUGAUACUCAAUUCUGUUACACCACUUUUAAUUGAAGGAAGAUUUGUUUUACAUUGGACCAAACAAUGCUUACAUGGUCACCAGAGUGCUGGUGAGUGGCCGACUGAGGGUGAAAAGACACCACCAUAUUUCACAUAAUGGGAAUGCCACUUAGUUGUACCAACUAGACUUUUCAGGAUGUGCGUACAUGUGUUUGCUUUAUUGAGUAUUUGUUUAGUUUGGUCUUUUAUUUUGCCCUGUUUUGUUUUUACAAGUGCUUCAUGAACUUCUGAGCUUCAUUACUGUUCCACUUUCCUCUUGAUGUUCUUGGCUUAAUGGUGUUGAGGCCAUGGACUUCAUGUUCAAAACUAGUUUUUCCGAUUGAAAUUGACUAUUAAGUUGUUGAAAAAUAACAAGAAGUCAUUUGUGGCCUUUUUUAAAUACAUGUUAAAUGGACACUGUCAAGUAUCUGGUGUUAAAUUUCAUUUGUUCAUAGAGUAUCUUGUAACCUCUGUUUUUCCAUAUUUUUGUUCGUGUUGGCGCGUUUUAUGCUUCUUGAUAUUUCUUUCCCAGGGUGCAAUCACUAAGUAAUCACAGAGUCGCCAGGGAGGUUGUAUGCUAACAGUGGUGCUAAUGUAACAGCUCCUAAACUCUGCUCCUGUUGGGUUGAUACAUUUGACAGUGUCCUAACAUAGUAGUUGAGUCUUACUCUGGUGGAAAACUGUGUUAUGUAAACACGACUAUCGUUUUUGUCUGAUAAGAUUGACAUUUUGUGUAAACUUUGUAAGCUUUUCCCAAAACUUAAACACUUUAAAUUUAUUGUAUGGAAAAAUAUCUAAUGGUAAUCAAAUACUGUCACAAUUUUCACUUAAAUCCAAACAUCUAUUAUCUUCCCCACCCAACAUCACUCAACACUCUUCCUGCAGUCAAGGCUGUGUAGUCAUCAGCUGUCUCUCAUCUCUGUUAAUAUUUGUAUGAACCCCUCAAGUACUGAAGGGACACUAGAUGUCAGUUUUCAGUAUUUCAAGUUGGGGUCUCCUAGGGGAUGAGUAGUGUUGAUUGAACCCUGAAAAUAUUCUUCUUUAUUAUGUAUGUAUAUAUAUCUUAUUUGCCAUCUCUUUGUUAGAGAUGAUUGUCAUUGGCCUAAGUUAGCUGUGUCCUGCAAGUGAUUGUCACUAUUGGUUCCUCAGUAAACACUUAGCAUUUCAAGUCUGAAGGAAUUGCAGUGUUGGUCAGAUGUCUCUUGUUUCCUCCGAGAUUAAGGAACUCAUUUGGAUAUGACGUUUUUAACAUUAUAAAUUUUCUAUAAAACUUCCCACAGAAUAACAUGAUUUGGGGAUGUAAUAGUAUUUCUUUAAUUAUUUGAAAAUGUAUGUAAAUGGAUGUUUUUUUUUAACUUUUUCUGAAAACACUGCAUUUCUUUAAAAUUUGACUUUUCUAGAAUUAGAAAGAAAAAUGCCCAAAUUAGACAUCUUACUGAAUUCAAGUUAGUUUAAAGGGCCAUGGCUCAAGUUUAACUUCAUUUUUCCUUAGGCAUAACAAUUAUGAAGUGCUCCCGGUUGAUUAUAAGGGGAAACCAUGACUUAUAUAGCCAAAGACUACAUUUGGUUCAGGUCAAAAUAGAAGAUUAUUGAUGGACAUUUAUUUUGCUAGUUUUGAAGAUGGUAAACUGUUUCUGUCCUAUAGAUGUGUACAAGGAAGUCUCUGUAAAGACUGAGAUGUUCAUCUGUGGUGGUGGUUCCCUCCUAUAGAGUGGGAGAUGUGUGACUGGCACUAGGCAGCUCCCUGUACCCACUGUGGCCUGCUCUUCACCUGUUCCGUCCCAGUUGUGGGAAGGUUUGGAUUUCUUGUCCUGUCUGCAUUUUUAGACCUCUUAGCUUUUAGGAGCUGUCAGGUAUGUUCUGGCGGUUAAUUUUCCUAGCCUGAAGUAAUUUACCAUGUCUGCACUAUGUACCUACUGGGGGUGGGGGUGGGGAAUCUGACCUCAAGUGUGCUCUAAGCCCAGGUUUCCUGGUGUGGUGUCUUUUUCCACGAAAUUAUGACAAAUUGCAAAUGCUGGUAUUGUGAUCUUAUUCUCUGUACAAAAAGGUUCUAUGCAGUGAGCUGUGUUUAAUGGUCACAGAAUGUCAGCACUGCUACCAUUCAGCACGUGUAACAUUUUUAAAUUUAUAAAUAUUAAAAUUUUAAACUUA